AUGAGCGACCCUCUUCCACCGGCGGCGGCGAAACCAACUUACCAUGCUCCCUCCAGCAACGUAACGGCAGAUUACCGCAUACGCUGCGAUCCGAAUCCCCUUCGCGAAGACCCUGAUAUCGAAGAAGACGUAUUCUAUCGUAUCACACCAGGAAGCAAGGUGACCGACAGCCAGCUAGACAUUUGUGCAAGUCAUUUCUCACUGUACUACGGGAUGCUGCGAGCACUGACAAUGCACUUUGAUAUUGGCAGACUGCCUUAUCAAAGAGAUUUCGUCGGAGUCACAACUCCAAACCCUUAUACCAUUUGUACGGUACUCCGCGUCUUCGGCCGCGGCAUCGAUGCGCUGCCUUCGAAGCCAGACUGGGAGAAGAGUCUCAGGCAGAUGCCUCACACGCCGCUACGAUAUCUUAAAUGCGCUCCCAUUGUACACGCUGCGCCGAUCGAAUACGUGCGGACCGCCAGGGUCAUACCGAACACACUGGUUGCAAAUACGGAGUUCUUCAUCGACCACGCCGACGUGGAGCAUGCUCUCCGGAGGGUCGUGUACGGUAUGAAUAGGCAGAUACAAGAACCAUGGGAGUGGCUGUUCGGGGUCCUGACUCAGGGCUGUGAGUACGUGUGUGUGCUAGAGUAUCGACAUGAUCCAGAAUACACCGUGCAGUGGCAGCAGCGCAGCAACGUCAGUGUCCCGAGCGAAACUCCGUCGCAGAGCAACGCGACAGACAGCGGACCCUCAAGAGCGGUACCAGACUAUCCGAGCUCCUCAGGACAUGGCGCAGAUUCGACCCUGUACACGGACAUUGAGCAAUACCUACUCCGAGUCCCGAUCAGUUGUGCACUCGAUCCCAAGACUGCACCCGCACAUGUAUCGCUCGCCCGCAGCCAGCACAAGCGCCUCGUCAAAGCACAAGCGCUCAUGGACCAUUAUGGCUCCAUGCUCGCCAUGAUCAUGGACGCGAAGCAGAUUCCCGAUUGCCUUCGCGAGGCUUACCAGGCGCCCCACCUGGCCUAUCCACUCCCCAAAUCCAUAACGACCUGGUCUGGUUUCAAGCGGUAUACUGCCGGACUGUAUGAGCACGACACCAAAUUCGAUCGCAGAAUGCUCGUCCUACAAGCCAUACAUUUCCAAGACUUGCGUCUGCGUAACUGA